AUCAUGGAGGACGGUGUUCGGGAAACCGCCGAGCCGACGUGUAAGGACUCGGACAGACAGCUCCGCUUACGGCUGUGUGUACUGAACGAGCUGCUGAACACUGAGCGUGAUUAUGUGCGCACGCUCGCCUUCCUGCAGUCGGCCUUUUUACAGAGGAUCACACAGAUGCCAGAAAACCAACAAUGCUUAACACCAGAACAGGUCAAGAUCUUGUUCUCCAACAUAGAAGAGAUUCUGGUUGUGCAUCGGGAGUUCUUCACAGCCCUGGAGGCCAACAUGCAGCCCGAGCCGAAUCCUCAGCACGCUCUCGGUCAUGUCUUUCUCAAGUUUAGGGGCCGUUUCUCAGUGUACGGAGAGUACUGCAGCAACCACGAGAAAGCUCUCAGGCUGCUAAUGGAGCUCAAUAAGAUCCCCCACAUCCGCACCUUCCUACUGCACUGCAUGUUGCUGGGAGGAAAGAAGAGCACCGAUGUUCCUCUGGAGGGGUACCUACUGUCUCCUAUUCAAAGGAUCUGCAAGUACCCGCUUCUACUAAAGGAGCUGUUAAAGAGGACGCCUAAGAAGCACAGGGACUACCCAGCUGUGGAAGAGGCAUUACAGGCCAUGAAGGAAGUGUGCUCCAACAUCAAUGAGACCAAGAGACAGAUGGAGAAACUGGAGGCUCUAGAGCAGCUACAGUCCCACAUUGAGGGAUGGGAGGGCACAAAUCUAACCGACAUCUGUACCGAGCUGCUCCUUCAUGGCAAUCUGCUGAAGAUCUCAGCAGGAAACAUUCAAGAGAGGGUCUUUUUCCUGUUCGACAACCUGCUCGUGUACUGCAAGAGGAAGUCCAGAGUUUCAGGGAAGAAAUCCACCAAGAGGACGAAGUCCAUCAACGGACCACUGUACGUCUUCCGUGGCCGAAUCAACACAGAGGUGAUGGAGGUGGAGAAUGUGGAAGAUGGAACCGCGGACUAUCACAGCAACAACUACACCGUGACUAAUGGCUGGAAGAUUCAUAACACUGCCAAAAACAAGUGGUUCGUGUGCAUGGCCAAGAAUGCCGAGGACAAACAGAAAUGGCUGGAUGCUAUUCUGAAAGAACGCGAACAACGAGAGAGCCUUAAACUGGGAAUGGAGCGGGACGCUUACGUAAUGAUCGCAGAGAAAGGAGAGAAGCUCUACCACAUGAUGAUGACCAAGAGCCGCCAUCUGAUCAAAGACAGGCGGAGAAAGCUCAGCAUUGUGCCCAAGUGUUUCCUGGGAAAUGAGUUUGUCGCCUGGCUGUUGGAGAGUGGAGAGAUCAGUAAACCUGAGGAGGGCAUCAAUCUGGGGCAGGCGCUGCUGGAAAAUGGUCUUAUUCACCAUGUUUCAGAUAAGCACCAGUUUAAGAACGAGCAGGUACUGUAUCGGUUUCGAUAUGAUGAUGGCACCUACAAAGCAAGGAGCGAGAUGGAGGACAUCGUAUCGAAGGGUGUGAGGCUUUACUAUCGUCUUCAUAGCCUGUUUACACCCGUCAUCAAGGAUCGAGAUCAUCACCUGAAGACGUUUAAGUCAGUGUUACCAGCCAGCAAGCUAGUAGACUGGCUUGUCUCCCAGGGAGACUGUUCUACCCGUGAGGACGCAGUCACGCUUGGGGUCGGCCUGUGCAACCACGGUUUCAUGCACCACGUUCUGGAGAAAAGUGAGUUUAAGGAUGAAUCUCAAUUCUUCCGUUUCCAUGCCGAUGAGGAGACAGAGGGUACCAGCACUAAGAGCAAGCAGCUUCGCAACGAUUUCAAGCUUAUCGAGAACAUCUUGGCUAAAUCACUAGUGAUUCAUCCUUUGGAAGAAGACUAUGGAUUCGAGAUUGAGGAGAAAAACAAGGCGAUUGUGGUGAAGAGUGUGACCAGGGGUUCCCAUGCUGAGAUGGCAGGCUUACAGGUGGGCAGGAAGAUCUACUCCAUUAAUGAAGACCUGGUGUUCCUGAGGCCCUUCUCAGAAGUGGAGACCAUGAUUAGCCAGUCCUUUUGUAUACGCCGCUCUCUCAGACUGCUGGUAGCGACCAAGAACAAAGAGCUUGUGAAAAUUCCCGACUGCCAAGACGGCCUGUCAUUCCAACUGCGUGGCUCCUCCCCUCCAUAUGUGCAUGCUGUGAAGAGAGGGUCAGAGGCAGCAGGAGCAGGACUGCAGCCCGGCCAGUGUGUGCUCAAAGUCAACGGUGCCAACAUGAGCCAGAGCGGCUAUGAGGAUGUGCUGGAACACUUCAGCUGCCGUCAACCUGAACAUGACAAACAGGACAAGGGUGGAGGUCAGUGGGUGUAUCGUGUAUACGACGAUGUGGAAGAGCAACCGUUUAGCGCAUGCCUAUCUGAGAAUGGUUCAGAUGCAGAGGAAAACGGCUGUGCUAAUGGAACAGACGCUGCACUGGUCAAUCUGAUGGUGGAUAAUGUGCAUCUGGAACACGGUGUGAUAUACGAGUACGUGAGCUCGGCUGGAAUCAAGCACCAUGUUAUGGAGAAGAUGGUGGAACCCAAAGGCUGUUUUAGCCUCACAGCAAAGAUCUUACAAGCCUUUGCUAAAGACGACAACCACUUUGUGACAAGCUGCAGUCAGCUGAUUGCUCAGAGCGACCGUGUAGUAUCGAUGCCCCAGUACGAGUUCAGAAACAUCUGCGACACCAAACUAGAGAGCAUCCGCAAACGCAUCUCCAGCUACCAAAAGUUUGCAGAAGAGUUGCAAAAUACGGGCUCGCCCAUGUUUAAGCAGGCCAGUAACAAGCCUCAUGCACUGGGUUCUAUGGACUUCGUGCCCACCAAUUGUCACCUGAACCUGAUGCAGGUUUCAUGCCCAAAGAGCAGCACAUCAGCCGGUCGUGCGUUCAGCAUCCGCUUUGGACGCAAGAAUUCUUUUUUUGGACUUGAUCCAGACCAAGCCAAUCUGAACCCCAUGUCACACACGGUUCACUGCGUGACCAGUAUGGCUGCCCCAUCCUGGAGCUGCAUGGGCCUGGACGAGGAGUACGGGGAAGAAGGAGAGGGGAGCGCGGAGGUUUAUAGGAGGCGAACACGUGGAGAAGGAGGCCUCAGCUUCCUCCUUAAGCAGGAGGACACUGAGAACCAAGACAACUACAUUUACCUCUACAACCGGCUGGACAUCGCCGUCAGAGAAAUGAAGCUCUAUGUGACUCAGAUUGAUGUGCUUCUCUCCUCCAUCACUGGUCCCAUCCAGCCUCAGAGCUCGGAGCCUCCCUCAGACGACACCGCGCCUUCUACUUCUCCUGGGCACGAGGAGGCAAUUCAGAGCAAGAGAGUGUGCUUCAAAGUGAACGAGGAGGACCAGGAAGAUUCAGGACAUGACACCAUGAGCUACAGAGACUCCUACAGUGAGUGUAACAGUAACCGUGACUCUGUCCUGUCCUACACGAGUGUACGGAGCAACAGCUCUUAUCUAGGGAGUGACGAGAUGGGCUCAGGAGACGAGCUGCCUUGUGACAUGCAGAUCCCCUUGGAUAAACAGGAUAAGCUGCAUGGGUGUCUGGAGCAUCUCUUUAAUCAGGUGGACUCCAUCAACAGCCUCCUUAAAGGGCCGGUCAUGAGCAAAGCAUGUGAGGAAACCAAGCAUUUCCACCCUGACCAUAAUCAACCAGAAUUCCGCCACGCGGAUGACUGGACAGCACGCUGCAGAUACAUCCUACACAAGAACAUCCAGGAGGACCCUUGGAACCUGCCGAGCUCUAUUCAAAAUCUGGUGGACAGUCUGCAUCGCUUUGUAGAAGAUGGAAGGAAUCAGCUUUUACUGGCCUUGUUAAAAUGCACAGACACCGGGCUACAGUUGCGGCGGGAUGUCAUUUUCUGCCAGGCCCUAGUGGGGGCUAUUUGUGCGCUGGCAGAGCAGCUUGUCUGGGCGCUCAACCAUCGCUUCAACAACAACAGUGAAUAUGAAGAUGACUGCAAAGAGGUUAGCCGUAAGUGGCUGGAGCAGAUCUCAGCUAUCGGGGUGCUCUUCAACUUCCAGUCCACACUGUCGCCACAUGUGAGAGACGAGCGCACCAUGCUGGAAGACACGAAAGCAGCUCUGCAGGAUCUGGAUAAAGUCACUGUGCUCUUCCGACCGCUGGAGAACGAAUGCCUUGUCACAAACACCCCAGUGCAUUAUCAGGUGGAGGGCAGUCGGCAGGCCAUCCGCAUCACGCUCUACCUGGACAGUUGUCAUUUCAGUGAGCUUCCUACACGCCUGCAGAAUGGAGGCAGCCUCAAGCUCCACUCGGCUCUGUUCACCAGAGCUCUAGAAAGACCUGAAGGAAUUCCAGCUCAGGACUUUUUGGCGAUGGAGGAGUUUCAGCAACGGAUCAAUGCUGUGUCACUGGAGAAGGUCAAGUUCUACUACAGAAGACUCAGGGCUUUCUAUUUAGAAAAAUCCAAUUUACCCUCAGAAUCAAAUUCCACUGCCAUGAAAAUAGAUCAGCUCCUUCGUCCACUCAACACUCUGGACGAUCUGUGUAGGCUUAUGCAGACCUACAUGAACGUGAAGCCUAGUGCAGCGGGUCACCCAUCCGGAGUCAGCGUGCUCCUGGUUUCUUCAGAGCUCUGCAGCCGUCUGGGAGCCUGCCACAUUUCCAUGUGUGCCACAGGCAUGCAGAGGUGCACACUGACUGUAUCACUAGAACAGGCUAUGAACCUGGCCAGGAACCACAGCCUCAUGCCACGCUGCUUCAUGCAGACUUUGGACAUCAUGCGCAAACAGGGCACCAGAGUAGAAAUCUCUGCCAAAAACCUCAAAGUGAUGGACCAGAUGCCCCCCUUUGCACCAAGGCUCUUCCAGCUGUGUCUACCACCUUCGGAUGGCGAUCUCUGAGUAUUCUCAUGUUCCUCACCUCAGCCUCCUGACGGUAUACUUGAAAAAUUGGGGGGAAAAACAGAACAAACAGAGUUUUGGAUUCUCAGACCCAUGCUUUGAAACAAAAGUCAUGCUGCCUUUGCCAGACAUUUCUGUUCCACCGCACUUCAGUUAGCAAAGGAUUUUACAAGAGGCUGACCGAGGCCAACACCCAAGUCUGCAUGAGAAUCUUAUAGCCACCAUUAAUUUGCUAAUAUUAGCAGUGCUAAUCUUGGGUAGCAGCAUUUGAUCUGACUGCUCCAGCAUAGACUCAGCUUUUAAACAGACUUGGAUGUUACCACUCACAUGCUGAAACGGAUGCUCCGGUGGAUCGUGUUUUUUUUAACCAGGUUACUAAACUACCUGUAACAGACUGUGUUUCUCACUUUGCCUUCGACUGCAAUGUUGGCGCUUAGCGGUUUGAUGUGUAGAUAGCGAGGCAGGGCGAGGUUCUCACUGCCUCAGAUAUCCGUGGUGAUUAUGUGCAAUUACUGUAGCUUAGCAUGUGCAUUUCUACACUCUUCCUUACAGGAGAGUAUUCUGCAAAACUUUUUACUUUCCUUAUUUCUAUCAGGUCUUACAAAUUACUGAAUGCAUUCCAGUCUAACCGCCCAGUAUUAUACGGACCAAUCCGACACUGUUUAAUGUAUUGUCUUAGUUUUAUAUUGAAAUGCUUUAUUUUAUUCCCUUUUUUAUUUGUCUUGGAUUAUGAUGGGGGGCAGAAAAUAGAAGU